UUGGAUUUUCAACCACUUUUUGCUAUCACCAAGCAUGAUAUUAGUGAGUGGGCCACUCCCCCACAUUACCCCACUCUCUCGUUUCCCACUAACCCCGCUCUCCCUAUAUAAUGACUACGUAAACAUCCCACCAUUAAAAUUGGUUAAUUUCUCUGCUAAUCUCAUUUUUCUUUUUCCAAGCUCCGGGCAUGGCUUCCCAAGCUUUAUCUCUUCUCGUUCUUCUCCUUUCAGCCAUGUCAUUUUCAGAUGCUGGUUCGAUUGGAAUUAACUAUGGUCGUGUGGCAAAUGACUUGCCUUCAACCGACAGAGUUGUGGAACUCCUGAAAUCUCGGAGAUUAAACAAAGUCAAGCUUUUCGACACUGAUGCCACGGUCCUAAGAUCUUUAGCAAACUCAGGGAUCAGCGUAGUUGUUGCUCUACCCAACGAACACCUCGCCUCGGCUGCAGCUGACCAAUCCUUCGCUGACAAUUGGGUUCAAUCCAACAUCUCCAAGUUCUACCCUGCAACAAAGAUUGAAGCCAUAGCUGUUGGAAACGAAGUCUUUGUCGACCCCAAGAACACGACAAACUACCUCGUACCAGCAAUGAAAAACAUCCAUGCUUCCUUAGUGAAAUUCAACUUGGAUUCCAACAUUAAAAUCUCUUCCCCUAUAGCUCUCAGUUGCUUGCAAAACUCAUACCCAUCUUCAGCCGGUUCAUUCAAACCGAACUUUGUCGAACCUGUGAUUAAACCCAUGUUAGAUUUCUUGAAACAAACCGGAUCUUACCUCAUGGUCAAUGCAUACCCCUUUUUUGCAUACUCAGCUAACUCUGAUAAAAUCUCACUUGACUACGCAUUGUUUAAAGAGAAUUCCGGGGUGGUUGAUCCGGGAAACGGUUUAAAAUAUUACAGCCUUUUCGAAGCUCAAAUCGACGCCGUUUUUGCUGCCAUGUCGGCUCUUAAAUAUGAUGACCUAAAGAUGGUGGUGACUGAAACAGGGUGGCCUUCAAUCGGGGAUGAGAGUGAAAUUGGUGCAAGUGAAGCUAAUGCGGCGUCGUACAAUGGUAACUUGGUACGAAGAGUUUUGAGUGGAAAUGGGACCCCUUUGAGACCCCAGGAACCCCUUAACGUUUACUUGUUUGCUUUGUUUAAUGAGAAUCAGAAAACAGGUCCUACCUCAGAAAGAAAUUAUGGGUUGUUUUACCCUAAUGAACAAAAGGUUUAUGACAUACCAUUAACACAAGAGGAGCUAAAGGGUGGCAAGUCAGCACCGGUCAACGGGAACAUGAGUCGGAUUCUGCUGAGCCGUGAAGUGUCGAAGACAUCGAUAGGGCAGACGUGGUGCGUGGCCAACGGGAAUGCCGGCGAGAAGAAGAUGCAGGCGGCAUUGGAUUAUGCUUGUGGCGAAGGAGGGGCUGAUUGUAGCCCUAUUCAACCUGGCGCAACAUGUUAUUAUCCUAAUACUCUUGAGGCACAUGCCUCAUAUGCUUUGAAUAGUUAUUAUCAAAAGAAGACACGUGGGACUGGCACCUGUGAGUUCGGAGGUGCGGCUUACGUGGUCUCGCAUCCUCCUAGAUAUGGGAACUGUGAGUUUCCAACAGGAUACUGAAAAUGGGAAAAUCAAGCGGAGAGAUUUGGUGAAUUUCAGCAACAAGUUCGAUGGAAUUUUUUUUGGUUAGCAAAAGUUUAAAAGCAGGUUGCCCAUCUUUACAUUCAAGACAAAUCGCGAACUGUUGGGAUCAGAAAUUUAGAUUUGUUUUCUUUGUAUCUAUUCUUAUAUAUAAAAGGAUGAGUAGAGUAGAUGGAGUUGUUAUCAGUUGGUUUGGCUACUUUUGUCUAUAAUUUGUGUCCCCAUUUGUAUUGUGUUAUUUUUCCUAUGGAUUAGUUCAAUACAUAUGAUAUUUUCAUAUCUGCCGAGUGCUGACCCAAGGUUUAAAAGGGACCUGAUCUGAACAGAAUGGGCCUGGUGGGCUCAAACACAGCAACCCAUUCCAUCUUUUCUUUUUAUAACUUUGUGGACUCAGGAAUGUCGUAGGUGACUCCCCAGGAGAGGAAAUUGAAAUUUGAAUCUGCCCUGAAGAACGUCUAGUUCAGAUGUAGGUCAUACGAGCAACAUCAAUAGCCAUAUUUCCCUCAAAAAGUUAAAUGCAUGUCAGGGAUCACAUUCAUCCACAAAAGUUCAGAACGGAAAGCAUUGUUGUAUGGAUAGACAAAAGCCUAGAAACAAGUAAUUUCCAGGGACCCAAAACCAGGAAGUCGCAUAAAUCUCAUAGUCUGAAACAUAGAACAAAUCAUCAACAGAUACUAAUACAUAGAUCUACGGCAGCCUGCCCACUAUAAUGCAUAUUGUCCAUAUUUUUGUUCAAAAAGAGUUGAUAUUCCCCCAAAGCAAGCGUUGUCAAUUUUGUGCAUACUGAGAGAAUUGGUUCAAAAGCACUGAACUUAGAUAAGAACAUUAUUCUACACAACGUACAAUAAAACUUCAAGAGACAUACUUAAUCAUGCAGAGAACUAGUAGCAAAUGCCAGCUCGAUUACAAAAGAGCUGCAAAGCUUCAAAGGCACAUCCCUCAACUGAUUAGCCAACAAUUCAUUAGGUAAAACACCCAAUGCCAUUGCAUAUCCUCUUCCCAGUCACUUUUUAUUGACCUAGGAGUUGCAAGGACAUUGAUAUCAUACCAAUGGCACCUUUAUCAUCCACAGAAACAAGGUAUGCUUGUACAAUGUGUUUUCAUAGCUGCAUUUCGUACAUCAAAUGAUAAUCUUUAUUCUCAACACACAUACACACACAUUAUAGCACAA